UUUCCCCCCCUCUGUAACCAGGAUUUUUAUUAGGGACAGAAGCCUUACCAUCCUUGCUGUCCUCCCUUUUCAACUAUAAAUACAUACAUCCACUACACGCAGAAAGAUGUACACCCUCCAGUACGUUUCCGUCCAUGACACGCACUCUGACGACGGCCAAAGCGCUUGCUCGACGGGGCGCUUUGAUUCAGAAAUUGACGAGCGCGACGGGCAGGAAUGCGUCGUAUGCGGAUUUUCCCUCCGCGUCGAUCAUUGCCAUAUCGUCCCCAAGUCGGCCACUUCUAGGUGGCAGUUCCUUUUGCGAACCCGUAGAAUCCCUCGCAACAACCGGGGGGUCCAUGACCCCAGAAAUGGCUUGCUCAUGUGCCCGAAUCAUCACCAUACGUUCCACGACGGCCAUUGGUGCGUUAUCCCGGGAGACAGUGGGUACAUAAUCCGGAACCCUAUAGGCCACAGGGAAAUGGCCCCUUACGAUGGGCAGCCGUUGCGCCUGGACCUGUCACAUCGCAAUGCGCCAUUUGCGAAUCUCCUCACAAGUCAUGCUGCGGCGGUCUUGGGUAGUUUAUCCAUCAAUUACAUAUCGAUAGACAGUGCAACGCAGGCCGACAAUGGGGGCGGUGGUGGUAGUGGUGGCGGUGUUUCAAGCGGCGGUAGGGGGGGCGAUGGGUUGCAAGGUGGAACCGGGCAUCAACCUGCUCAGGAUCUACGCCAAACCUCGCAUGCAAGCCUCGACACGGCCACGCAAAGGCGCAGCCAAGGCGGCCAGCAGUACGUGUUGCGUUAUAUUCCGCUGACGAGUGAACAGCUAGCCGAAGAUCAACUCUACGAAAACAUGCUCGGAGAAGAGAAGACGGCCGAGGAGUCCGUCCGAGCCUUCAACGCAUCGCUUGCUCGAGCUGGCGAAUAGCGAGUUUCCAUAGUCCUUUGAUGCGAUCAAAAUCCAUUCGAAGUUCCCGGAGUACAUGGGCAGAGUGUAUGAUUCUCUGCCAAAAAACAC